AUGCGUAUGGAAUUCCUUAUACCCUGUCCCGGGCAUCUCAGUCUAACGCAACGCAUCUUCAUCAUCAUCAUCGACGGCCAAUGAACCCUUUUCCGAUUUGAAUUUGUUUUCCGAUGUUGGCGUUCUCCAAGUUCAGGAAAGCAGCGGAGGUCUCCUGCGUAUUCCGUCGAAGCCAAAAGCUUCCCACAUACCUCCGAAGAUUUUCCCUUCCGUCCGAGGAAUCUCCCUCUUCGGACCCGCAGUUGCCGCUUCGUUUCUGCAUCUCGUUGGCGCUCAAGUUCGAGACUUUAUCCAGCGGCAAAUACCGUGCUUUGGUGAGUGAGGUCCUUUGCACCAACAACUGGUUUUCCCUUUACUGGGAGGCCCUUGAGUAUCUCAAGAAAUCCGGAGUUUUAAUAACUUCUGAUUCGGUUUGUGUUUUGAUUCGGGCGUAUUGGCGAGUGGGUCUGACCGAGAAGGCUAUAGAGUCGUUUGGUAGAAUGGGUGAGCUUGGGUGCAGGCCCGAUGCUCGUGCCUAUAACACCAUUUUGGAUAUUGUGUUUCAGAAAGAGUUGUUUGUGUUGGGUUUUGCGGUGUAUAAUCUGAUGCUUAAGACCAACUGUGGUCCUAAUGAACGCACUUUUGACAUGCUGAUUGGAGGGUUUUGUAGAAGUGAUGAUGUUAAUGGUGCGCUUGAGAUGCUCGAGGAGAUGCGCCAAAGGGAUGUAGAGCCGAGUGAGAUGACAUUUUUAGCUAUUUUUUCUGGUCUGUGUCGUGGGGGGAGGGUACAUGAGGCACACAGAUUGUUUAAUGUGAUGAGAGAAAGUGGGCGCAAGCCUAAUUUUAUGUCUUAUUGUGUUUUGUUUAAUGGGUAUUGCAAGAUGGGGAGGUUAGAUGAAGCCGUUUCGAUUCUGCAAUUGUUAGAGAGAGACAGGUUACCCCUUAAUGUAAAGGGCUACAGUCAUCUGAUUGCUGGCUUUUUUAGGGAAAGGAGAUACAAUGAAGCGCAUUCGUGGUAUGGAAGGAUGCUUAAGAAGGGUAUUGUUCCAGAUGUUGUUUUGUACACAAUUUUGAUACGGGGUUUGUCGAGUGAGGGCAGGAUUGGUGAAGCUGUGAACAUGUUUUGUGAGAUGACCCGGCGAGGCUUAGUUCCUGAUGCUGUUUGUUACAAUGAAGUUAUUAAAGGUCUCUGUGACGCUAAUCUUUUGGAUCGAGCACGAGCUCUCCAACUUCAAAUUUCUGAGCAUGAAGGGUUUCAUAAUGUUUGCACGCAUACCAUUCUCAUCUGUGACUUGUGUAAGAGAGGAAUGGUUGCCGAGGCACAAGAAAUAUUUAAUCAGAUGGAGAAGCCUGGGUGUUUACCUUCAGUUGUAACCUUCAAUGCUCUUAUAUAUGGACUGUGCAAGGCUGGUAAACUGGAGGAGGCACAACUCAUGUUGUACAAGAUGGAGAUUGGGAGAAGUCCUUCGUUAUUCUUCCGGCUUUCUCAGGGUUCUGAUCAGGUUUUAGAUGGUGUUAGUCUCAAGAAAAAGGUGGAGCAAAUGUGUGAAGCUGGACAGAUUUUGGAAGCUUACAAGUUUCUCAUUCAACUUGCUGAUAGUGGGGUUAUGCCCGACAUUGUGACGUACAAUGUUCUGAUCUACGGCCUUUGCAGAGCUUCUAAGGUUAAUGGUGCGUUGAAGCUUUUCAUGGAUAUGCAUAACAAGGGUCUAUCACCUGACUCUGUUACUUAUGGGACAUUGAUUGAUGGGCUUUUCAGGGCUGCCAGAGAAGAGGACGCACUGAAGAUGUAUGACCAUAUGUUGAAGCAUGGGUGCCAACCUAGCUUUGAAAUUUGUAAAGCAAUUAUGACUUGGUUGUCGAGAAAUAGGAAGGUCUCACAGGCUUUCAGUUUUUAUUUGGAUUUUUUAAAGAACCUUCGUGGCAGGGAAGACGAUUCAAUCAAUGCUUUGGAGGGAUAUUUUGUCAGAGGAGAAGUGGAACUUGCAAUUCAAGGUUUACUAGAACUGGACUUGAGGUUUAGAGAUUUUAAUUUAGCUCCGUAUACAAUUCUACUUAUUGGAUUUUGUCAGGCAAAACAAUUAGAUGAAGCAUUGAUUGUAUUUUCCGUUCUCGAUAAGCUCAAUAUCAAUAUCAAUCCUCCAAGCUGUGUAUAUUUGAUCGAAGGUCUCUGUACAAAAGGAAGGCUGGAUGAUGCAGUAAACAUCUUUCUUUACGCUCUUGACAAAGGUUUUGCGUUGCAGUCAAGAAUUUGCGAGCGGCUCUUAAAGUGUUUAUUUUGUUCCCCAGAUAAAAGGGAUUAUGCUAUUGAUCUUGUUCGUAGGAUGAAGUCUUCUGGAUAUCGUCUAAAUUAUUUGGUUGGUACAAACGCAGCAUUUACGUAGCAGGAGAAGCAAUACAAAUUGAUUUUGAUAGAGAUUAACACUAACCGAUCAAGAUGAAUGAUUUGCUUGAUUCAGCUCUUUGCACAUCCCCAUCAAGGAAAGAGAAGAUAUUAUGAAUCAGGAGACCCAAUAUUCUUUCUAAUGAGCCAAAGUGCUUAUGUUGCUGGGGAAAUUUCUUUUGCUUUGAUAUUUUACGUGCUUGUCACACUUGGUGAAUGACCCUUCGCAUCAGGCAUUUUUGGGUUUCUUGUUUGUUGUACGCUUCAUUACAUUUCUCCCUCGGUAUUUUCAAAAGCUUUUCUGCUAACCUUAGCAUGGAGGAGGGAAAGAAGACUGCCAUUGUCCAUAUGGGUGUUCUUGUGGUGAUAAAUCAUUGUACACCAGCAGGCAAUGACGAAUUUCUUAAGGACAGUCACUAUCUGAUGCUGAAUGAGAACGUGCUAUGAAUAAAAUUUCAUGGGGUUCCAAAUGGAUUGCAGGUCUUUUUCACAUUUUAACUUAAAAUGAUAAAAUUUAGUGAUGUUUCGGCAAUUAUCUGUUUUUAUAUCAAAGGAAGACAUUCAGUUGCUUCAGUAUAACAUAUCAAAAGCUAGGUUUAGUUUUUCAUUUCUAUCUAGGUUGCUUAUUGUUAUGAUUUUCUUUGCAAAUGAAUUCUAUGCUCAGAUUGUUGAUUGCUUAUGUAACCUCAUGUUCUGAUGUGGUUUAUAUAGUCUGGCAAUCACAGCUCAAUUCCCAUAAGAGCCAGCCACAAAGCAUGCACAGAUGUCAAAUAUGUAUUAGGAGCCUACGGAAAAGUCCUUUAUUAGAUAUGUAUGAUGCAAAACCCCAAUAGGGUUAACAUUAUAAUUAUUUAUUACUCUAUAAUUUAGUUUCUAUUUGAGAAGCGGAUUCUGACCACUAAUCCCCACUUAUGACUUAUAUUGUCAUCAAUUUAACAUGUUUUCUGUUGCAAAA